GAUGAUGGCUGUUAGAACAUUUCGGUUUGGUAUCUUCCUGGAACAUUUGAAUUGUAAUUGCCUAAAAAUUACUUCUCUUCCUCAGAGAUAUAGAUAUACCACACAAGUGGUAUCUUUUUAUGAUGACAAAGUUACCAAGUAUGCUGAACAAUCUAUUAGACCG